AUAAAGAAUUAGAGCAGAAAGAAUCUAGAAACUGAAAUGAAAAAAAUGAACUCCAUUUAAGCGUUCUUCCCCGAUCAUAAACCAUACUUCUGAAAUCUCGUCGUGGUUCAUUCUUCUUGCUACUGGUGGCAAAACCAUGACAUCGUUCGGAUCUCUGAAAUCAGCAAUUUUCGACAGAGAAGAGAGAAAACAGCAAUAUCAGGCGCAUAUUCGUGGCCUCAAUGCAUACGAUCGCCACAAAAAAUUCAUUAACGAUUACGUUAGUUUCUAUGGGAAAGAAGAAAAACCUUCAACCUUAAAGUUGCCUAUUAAAACAGACCAAGACACGCUAAGAGAGGGAUACAGAUUUAUACGGUCGGAGGAAGAUGAUCUGGAUCCAUCAUGGGAGCAAAGGCUGGUGAAGCGUUAUUAUGCUAAGCUUUUUAAGGAAUAUUGUCUUGCUGACAUGUCACACUACAAGAGUGGUAAGAUUGGUCUUAGAUGGAGAACAGAGAAAGAAGUCAUGUCUGGGAAGGGCCAGUUUAUAUGUGGCAACAAGCAUUGCGAUGAGAAAGAUGGAUUAGCAAGCUAUGAGGUGAACUUUUGUUACUUAGAAGCUGGAGAGAACAAACAAGCUCUAGUUAAAUUGGUAGCAUGUGAGAGAUGUGCAUGGAAACUUAACUACAAAAGGCAGAAAGAGAAGGAGCAAUUAGAAAAACGACAACAAAAGCAGGAUAGAAAAAAGAGGACUCGUUCAAAGAGUGAUGAUGAUCUAGAAGUCCAAGAAAGCGAAGAGCGAAGGCAUAAAGGAAAGAGGGCUUUGAUUUCUGCCGGUGAUAAUAAAAUUGAUGAUAAUGAUGCUGAUGACGACAACUUAGACGAGUUUCUUGAGGGCAUGUUUCCCUGAUAUUUAAUUGAUUCAUUACUAUACAUGAAAAGUAUAUCUUGAGACCAAAGCUGGGCAAGAUGGAAAAAGGUAGGUGGUGCCGGGAGCAAGUGGGAAAUUCAGGGAAGAUACCUAAGAUAAAGGAAUAUGGUGACUGGCGAGACAGAUAUUGUGGUAAGAUUUGCACUAUCGGAAAAUAUCUCACGGUGAUGGGGAACAUAGGGAGAUUCUAAUCAAUUUAGGGGAGGCGAAGAACAACUUCAUAUUUUAGUUAGUCAUACUAUAACUCAUUUUGGUGUUUGGCCAUGUUUUAGGUGCCAAUUUAUCAUGAUUCAAAGUCAUGUUUUGGGUGGCAAUUUGCUUGUUGUAAUGUUAUUAUGGUUGGUCCUAUAUACAGAAAAUCAUGUUAAACCAUCUUUCUGGUGUCAUUGACACGCUGAAUAUCAUCAUGUUUGUGAGGUGCUAUAUUUCUUAGAUAUGUAUUGUAUCAACUAUCAAGUUAAUUUCUUUAUUUCAAAACCUUGUUGAACCAAAUUGAGCAUGA